UCACACUAACUUCACUUUCACGUAACCCACUUUCACAUAACACAAUAAGACCAAAAUAAAAUCACACCAAUGAUUCUUAGAUCCACAAAAAAAAAGAACUUCUUUUAGGGACUUGGGGUUAUGCAUGUAUGUAUGUAUCUAAAAUCACAUCUAUCAAAGUCCUAAAAAACCCUUCCAAGUCCAAAUCUUUCAUCAAAAAAAUUAUACCCUUUUGGCCAUUCAUUCCAAAACCACACAAAAGACCACAAAUUUUUCACAUUAGAAUGCUUAGUUGCUAACACAAUCAGAUUCAAACAAGAACAAGAACAAGAACAUGAACACUUUGAGUCAAAUAUUCCAAAACAUGUUCUCAGACAACAGCAACAUAAUGCUUGCAGCCAUAAUAUCUUUGCUCCUUGUAAUCCUCUUUGUCCUUCUCCUCCAUCUCUAUGCUAAAUGGUUCCUAGCUCAGGCUCAGGCUCAGGCAAAUGCUCGCCGCCGCCGUCGUCGCCGCCGCAGAGCAGCCACAGUAACCGUUUCUGAUGUUCUUGGCCCUGCAAGGUUCCACCACUUCCACAGCUUCAACAUAGAAGAUUCACCAAUAUUCCCAUCAUCAUCAAGUUCUCAUCACAAUACAUCAAAAGGGUUAGAUUCUUCUAUCAUUGCAAGAAUUCCACUUUUCAUUUAUACUACUACUAAUUCAGAAGUAUUGAAAGGUAGUGAAGAAGUUGAGAAUAGUGAUGAGCUUGAGUGUGUGAUUUGUUUGAGUUCUUUUGAAGAUGGAGAGAUGGGAAGGUGUUUACCAAAAUGUGGACAUGGUUUUCAUGUUGAUUGCAUUGAUAUGUGGCUGAAUUCUCAUUCAAAUUGUCCAAUUUGCAGGGCUCCAAUAAUUCUUAGUAGUGGGAUUGUUGUUGAGAAUGAUAAUUCCCAAUUAGGUUCUGUUAUUGAUGAUGGGGGUGAUCAUAAUGAUCAUGAUCAUGAUCAUGUUCAUGUUCAUAAUGUUGAUGAUGGUAGUGGUGCCUCUGCUUUCGUUGAGAUUGUGGUUGAUGAUUUUGGUCAAAGUUCUGAGAUUAGAGAGAAUAAUGAAAAUGGAGAAAGAGUGAGUAGUAGCAGUGAUUCUUCUGUCUCAGAAACAGAAACCUCAACAUCUUUGGUAAUUGUUGGUUGUUCUUUGAAGAGAAUGUUGAGCAAAGUUUUUCCAUCUUCUAAUAAUGCAAAUGUAAAUGAAUUACAAACUUAGAUAUUUAUAUAUGAUGUCAUGAAAAUGAGCAAAAUCAACCACUUCUUCUGUAUAGAUUACUAUUAAUUUCUUGGCUUGG